GGGGAGGGGAGAGCAUCGCCCGCCUUGUCCCGUAUCAAGGGACGCGGGGCGGUUGCCGGGGAGGGGAGAGGGGCGGCAGCGGUAGCUGCGGCGGCGCUUAACAGCCUCCUCCUGCUGUCUCCGUGCAGGCGCCGAGCGCCGGCGGCCCCGGCCCCGCCAUGGUGCGGCUUCACGUGAAGCGCGGCGACGAGAGCCAGUUCCUGCUGGAGGCGGCCGCCAGCGCCCGCCUCGCCGACCUGGCCCCCCUCAUCGCUCGCAUCUACAACGGCAGGCUGAAGGUGCAGCGGCUCUGCUCAGAGAUGGAGGAGCUGGCAGAGCAUGGCAUUUCCUUGCCUUAUAAGAUGCAAGGACUGACCGAUGAACAAAUUGAAGAACUGAAGCUAAAGGAUGAAUGGGCAGAAAAGUGUGUCCCCAGUGGUGGGAGCAUCUUCAAGAAGGAUGAAAUUGGGCGAAGAAAUGGACACGCUCCAAAUGAAAAAAUGAGGCAAGUUAUAAAGAGGACGAUAGAGGAAGCCAAGGCAUUAAUCUCUAAGAAACAAGUUCAGGCGAACGUAUGUGUUACAAUGGAGAUGGUGAAAGAUGCACUGGACCAGCUCCGAGGGGCUGUGAUGAUUGUGUAUCCAAUGGGCUUGCCUCCGCAUGACCCCAUUAGGAUGGAGUUUGAAGAUAAAGAAGACCUGUCUGGAACUCAGGCUGGACUUGAAGUUAUAGCGGAAUCAGAAGUACAGUUAUGGUGGGCAGGAAAAGAGUUGAGAGAAACAAAGUUGCUCUCUGACUAUGUAGGCAAAAAUGAGAAAACAACCAUCAUUGUCAAGAUACAGAAAAGAGGACAAGGAGCUCCAGGGCGUGAACCUCUGAUUAGUCACGAAGAGCAAAAAGAGAUGAUGCUGUUCUACCACCGAAAGCAGGAGGAGCUGAAGAAACUCGAAGAGGAUGACGAUGACUCAUUUCUAAAUGCUGAGUGGGCAGACAGCCGUGCUUUGAAAAGGCAGUUUCAUGGUGUAAAAGACAUCAAGUGGAGGCCAAGAUGAAGCUCUGCAAACACCUUUUUUGCCUCUUUAAAGCUGUUUGGUUGAUGCACCUGUUUGCAACCAGGAGUUGUGCAUGGUAGAUUCUGACAAAAACUGUCCAUAGCAGACGUCUGUUUCAGCCUUAGGUUUUCAGGAAAUGUUUACUUUGCUGUGUAACUGUAGCAGCACUUACCUGGGUGAAGAAUGGGGUUGAUGCUGUGGAAGUUUUUUACUUUAUUAGAAAUGGUUAAUUUGAAUAUUGAAAUGUUAAACUAUUUAAUAGAUAAUAUAUCUAGUAAACACGCGCCAGAUUGUUUGGUAUUGUUUGGAGUGGGCUUUAUACUUUCUCCCUGAUUCUUGGAUAUCUUUUAGGUGAUAUGGUCUGUAGAAGGUGAUUUAUUUUAUAAGAAAUCGAUUUUCCCAGGCUAAUGCAGUGAAAAUGAGUAAUUUUUACAUGCUUGUUUGCAUCUGGACAUAGCUAACUCCAAACUCAUAUUUUUAAAUGGGUGUUUAAAUUAAUGUUUAAGGGAAGUAUUUUUGUAUAAGCACAAAUAAGAUGAAAAUCCAUGUGGAACGCUUCAUUUUCAUGUGGUUUAGUUUUCACCGAUGUUGGAAGCCAACCCUAUGGAUCUCAGUUUAACAAGCUGUUAGCCACUUUUGUCUAAAGAUCAACAGAAGUCUGUUUACUAAAGGAAGCAUUGUUUGCAAGUAGAUUGGAUACAAUAAACCCAGGUUUAGGAGGGCAGGAUCUCUAAGAUUAGGAUUGGAUUAGAAGAAUUUAGUUUCUAACAAGUGAGCAUUUUGAAAUUAGAAGUUUUGAAAUAAGAGUUUCCACUAUUCCACUACAAUAGUUUCCACUACUGCUUGCUGUUCAGGAAGCUGUUACCAUUGUUAAAAUGUAUCAUCAGUCAAUUCUGGGUUCAAGACUAGCAGAGGAAACGCUAGUAGACUUGAGGCAAAUGUUGUGUCUGUUUUUGAAGGGAGGAUUCUGGUUUGGGGUACUGUGUGAGUAAUGGAUAAUAAAAUCUCUAGAAUUAUCUAUGUAGAUAAUUAACAUUCAGGAACAAGUUGUUCAAGUUUCUACACAUUGGACUUCUGUGUCCUUAAAGGAGGUGCUUCUCUGUGGAAGCAGAUGUGCAUCCUCAUCAAGUUGCUGAGCAGUAGAAAGUCUGAGUGCCCUGAAAAUUGUACAUGGGGAUCAACUGAGGGUUUUAAGAGAGAUGAACCAAUGUAAGUGCUCGCAGCCAGCAGCUAGAAUGAUGUCUUCCUUCACACCCCAAAGCAGUACGCUCCCAGAGCAGCAGGGAGUCACAAAUGCCCCCCUUUCCAGCUCUCCACCAUGCAAAGGCAAAGCCAGCUCAGGACCUCGGUUUUGUAGUUUGCAGCAGACUUCAGGAUAGCAAAUUGCAUCUGCACACAUCUGCUUCCUUCCCACCUGAGUCAAACUAGGUGGUGUUCACCGUAGUUUAAGCCCAAUGUGAAAUAUUUUUUGCAGGUGCCACGUUGAGGUGCUGGAGCUGCUCAGAGCCUCUGGAAGUCAGAUGGAUUAUGUUUGCUGGCUGAACUUACACCUGCAUUUGACCUUUCUCGUUGACAGGGCUUCUUGUGUUACUCAUGCCCUAAUCUUCAUAUCAGAAGGGCUUUGUGGCAGAGGCAUUUGAAAACACAGACAUCUGAGCUAUUAUCAGCCAGAAGCUUCCUGCCUUGCCAGACCUGCCAGUGCA